AUGGCUCCUUCACAGGAGGUUGGCUCCUCCCCAUCGUCAUCUGAUACCCGCAAAAGAAUCGUGUUCUUUCAUCCAGACUUGGGGAUCGGCGGGGCCGAACGGUUGAUUGUAGAUGCCGCAGUGGGCUUACAAGAACAGGGAAAUACAGUGACUAUUUUCACUUCCCAUUGUGAUCCUCAGCAUUGCUUCGAAGAGGCAAGAAACGGCACCCUCGAUGUCCGCGUCCGUGGAAAUACUCUCUUCCCUGCCAAAUUCCUCAAUCGCUUCCAUAUCCUGUGUGCAACUCUGCGCCAAAUCCACCUCCUCCUAUCAAUAGCCGUCCUAAGUAAUGAGCUUGACAGACUGAAGCCGGACAUAUUCAUUGUUGACCAGCUCUCUGCCUGUGUUCCCUUCUUGAGAUGGUUGUAUCCUAAUCGGCAGAGGACCUUAUUCUACUGCCAUUAUCCCGAUCAAUUACUCGCCGAUCGGCGAAGGACUGGUCUUUCGGGGUUGGUGAAGACCAUAUACCGAUUUCCGUUUGACUGGUUUGAGGGCUGGAGUAUGAGCGCAAGCGACAAGAUUGUCGUCAACUCGACCUUCACAAAAUCCGUUGUGUCGAGAGUGUGGCCGAAUUUGGCCAAGUCACUUGGCGUGAUAUACCCUUGUGUGAGUGUAGAGGCGAAAGAGUCUAAAACAUCCUUGGAUGAAAAACCUCUGUGGGAAGGGCGGUUCAAAAUCCUCCUGAGCAUCAAUCGAUUUGAACGGAAAAAGGACAUUGGGUUGGCAAUCAAAGCAUAUCACAAGCUGUCUGCCGCAGAACGGCAGGGGACCCGUCUGGUGAUUGCUGGCGGCUAUGAUCAGAGAAUUACUGAGAACGUUCAAUAUCAUAAAGAAUUGGUUGAGUUGGCAGAAGGUCUCGGUCUGUCCACGGCCACUGCCAAGACGGUUCCCACGGCCUUGGGAGUUCCAAGCGACAUUCAGGUAUUGUUCUUGUUGUCUGUACCGGGACCUUUUAAAGCAACGUUGUUGAAGAGCUCGCGCUUAUUGCUUUACACCCCAACCAACGAGCACUUCGGGAUCGUGCCGGUGGAAGCAAUGCAAUAUGGUCUACCAGUUCUGGCUUCGAACACUGGAGGACCUAUUGAGACCAUUGUCGAAGGCAAGACUGGCUGGCUACGUGACGUUGCCAGACUCGACGAGUGGGCUGCUAUCAUGAAGAAAGUCCUGCACGAGCUGACCCCGUCAGAAUUGGAAGCUCUGGGUCGGCAUGGAAAAGAACGAGUUCGCCAGCGUUUCACGAGAGACAUCAUGGCUCGGAAGUUUGAGGACGAAACGUCAGAAAUGCUGGCCGGCAAGAGACGUGCUUUCCUAGAGAGGAAGGAUAUCACUUUGGGGCUCUGGAUCGUGGUCGCUUUCCUAGCAGCAUUGCUGUCCACGAUCAUCAAAGCAAGAUUUGGGCGUGGUGAUCGGAGAGCUAGUGAAUUUGCGCGCGCAAGGAGGAUGCACACGGACCCCAAUCCAGAGCUGAAUACCUUCAAGACGAUACAAUUGAUACACUGA